ACUAAGAUCACCUUAAACAUGCUGGAGAAAGACGGUAAGGCCCAAAUAACUGCAUUCGAUGAGGUAGACCAUGUCUUUUCUGGGACAAAAAAAUAUAGGGGCUACAGAAAAUUCAUUGAGAAGCCGAAGCUGAAAUCAUUGUCGCAGGCCAACAAUGGCUACUUGAUUAUACGCUGUGUCCUCACAGUGGUAAAAGAAUCUCGCACGGAAGUUAAGAGGAAUAAUGUAGUCGUUCCGCAAUCGAAUCUGCAAGACCAGCUCUGCCAAAUGUGGAAGGAUGGCCAGGGAGCAGAUGUGACAUUCAGUGUGGGUGGCCAAUUGUUCAAUGCUCACAGAUGCUUAUUGGCUGCAUGGUUUCUGGUUUUCAAGGCGGAGCUCUUUGGUCCCAUGAAGGAGAAGGAAACACAGUGCAUCAAAAUCGACGACAUCGACCCUGAAAUCUUUGAGGCUCUUCUUCACUUCAUAUACACAGAUUCCAUGCUAGUCGAUGAGCACUACAAAGAAAGCAAACCUGCAAAACUGCAUCAUCUGCAAGUUGCCUCGGAUCGAUAUGGAUUGGAUAGGCUAAAGGUGAUGUGUGAAAGUAAAUUGUCUGAGUGCAUUGACGUAGAGACUGUUGCAACAACAUUAGUUUUAGCAGAGCAACACCAUUGCAAGGAUCUCAAAGAAGCUUGCAUUGAGUUUAUGGCUCCACGUAAUGUUCUGCAAGCUGCCAUGGCAACUGAUGGUUUCAAGCAUUUGGUAGCAAGCUGUCCUUUGGUCAUGAAGGAGUUAUUAGACAUGGUGUCCCGUAGUGGCUAGUCCGGUUCAGAGCUCAAAUUGCCAUAUGUGCAACUAGUUAUGCAGACUGCUAGUUUCUAUCCAUCAUCCUUGGUUACCUAUGACUUUUUACCGUGAUAUUGUGAUGUUUCUUCUUU